CUUUGAUCAAAAACCCACGAAUAUUAUUAUUAGAUGAAGCUACUUCUGCUCUUGAUACUGAAUCUGAGCGAUUAGUACAAGAGGCAUUAGAUAAGGCUGCUAUGAACAGAACAAGUAUAAUAAUAGCACAUCGAUUGUCAACUAUUAAACAUGCUGAUAAAAUAAUUGUUAUGAAAAAAGGUGAAAUUGUUGAAAUUGGACGUCAUGAUGAAUUAAUUGAUAAAAAAGGAGUUUAUUUUGGCCUUGUUCAAGCUCAAGAAUUAGAAACUAAAAAAACCGAAAAAAAAAUUAAUCAAGAUGAAGAAGAGGAACUUGAAUCAGCUCCUAGUUCUAAUGAUGAUACUACUAUUUUAAUAGAUGAAAAGAAACAUAAAUUACAUUUAAAAAAAACUUCUAACAGAGAAUCAAUUAUUAAAUCCCUAAAGACUGAUGAUGGAAUUAUAAAUGAAGAAAUGAAGAAAAAAUUAUUAGAAAAAACACCAUUAGCAAGAAUAUUUCGAAUAUGUAAAUCUGAGUAUGGAUUAAUGUUUAUUGGCUGUAUUGGUUCCGGAAUUAAUGGUGCUAUUAUGCCUUUAUUUGGCGUGGUGCUUGCUUCAUUUCUGGAUAUUUUUUCACGAACUGAUCAUGCAUUUGCAAAUUUUGCUCAAUUAUCAAUGUUCAUGUUAUCUGGUGAACGUCUCACAAAACGUCUUAGAAGAUUAACUUUUGAAGCAUUAUUAAACCAAGAAAUUGCAUACUUUGAUGAUGAAAAAAAUGGAACUGGUGUGUUAACUUCAAAAUUGGCAGUAGACGCAACGAAAGUUAAAGGGUUAAGUGGUGGUCUAAUGGGAACUGUUCUACAGAAUUGUUUUAAUACAGUAAUUGGAUUAACACGCGCAGCAUAUGAAGGCACUGGUCAAAUAGUUCAACAAAGUGUUUCCAAUAUGCGAACGAUUGCGGCAUUAACUAGAGAAGAAACCUUCAAAACAAGAUAUCAAAAUGCAAUAAGAGAGCCACAUAAAAUCGCAAUUAAAGGAAGUUUACUGUCAUCAUUUGGAUUUGUUGCGGCCCUUUCAAUCUUUGAAAUUUUAGAUAGAAAAUCUCUUAUAGAUCCUACAGAUAACGAAGGCAAGGACCGUCCUACGCCAGUAUUAGGAGAUUCUUCAUUCCACUCUGUUCAUUUCAAUUAUCCUGCUCGUCCGAAUGUACCAAUACUUCGAGGUUUGGACUUGUCAAUAUAUUCUGGAAAGACCAUUGCGCUUGUUGGAUCAUCAGGUUCAGGGAAAUCAACGGUUGUUUCGUUAUUGCUAAGAUUUUAUGAUGUGAAUUCUGGAGAAGUUGAAGUUGAGGGUGUUAAUGUACAGCAAUGGAAUUUAGAGUAUUUAAGAGCGAAUAUGGCGUUGGCAUAUGGAAAAGAAGGUUGUACUACAGAAGAAAUCGAAGAAGCUGCGAAAGAAGCAAAUAUCCAUAAUUUUAUUACAGCUUUACCGGAUGGGUAUAAUACUCGCGUAGGCGAAAAUGGAACACAACUUAGUGGUGGUCAAAAACAG